CUUCGGUUCCUGUUAAUGUCGGGAUCGGACUUCGUUUUAUAAUCGACCUUGAAAGAUGGCUGUCAGAAGACUGUGCACCGGUAAUCUAUUCAACAAAUUCGCGUACAAGAACCUGUCAUCUCCAACAUGCGUCAAGUUUGGUUCAGCAUGGUCCAAUGUCGAGAUGGGGCCGCCAGAUGCAAUUUUAGGAAUUACAGAGGCUUUUAAGAAAGAUUCCAGUCCACAAAAAAUCAACCUUGGGGUUGGUGCUUACAGAGAUGACAAUGGGAAACCAUUUGUGCUGGAAUGUGUGAAAAAAGCAGAACAGGCUCUGACUAGUGGAAAUCUAGACAAGGAAUAUGCACCCAUUGGUGGUACUCCUGAAUUCUGUUUGGAGUCGGCCAAGUUGGCAUUUGGUGAUAACAGUCCAGUGAUUAAAGAUGGCAGAAAUAUGACAGUACAGGGUAUAUCAGGUACUGGGGCACUUCGACUAGGAGCAGCAUUUUUUUCUAAAUUUUACUCAAAAGGCAAAGAUUUUUGGAUUCCAACUCCUUCAUGGGGAAACCAUACUCCUAUAUUCAAACAUGCUGGCCUGGAUGUGAAGUCCUACAGAUACUAUGACCCCAACACCUGUGGAUUUGAUUUCAAUGGUGCUAUGGAGGACAUUGCAAAAAUCCCUGAGGGCAAUGUGAUAGUCUUGCAUGCCUGUGCUCACAAUCCCACAGGAGUGGAUCCAAAGCCAGAACAAUGGAAGGAGAUGAGUGCUCUUAUCAAGAAUAAGAAGCUGUUUCCUUUCUUUGACAUGGCAUACCAAGGCUUUGCCAGUGGAGACACAGUAAAAGAUGCCUUUGCUCUCAGGCGCUUCAUUGAGGAUGGACAUGAGGUUGCCCUUGCUCAGUCGUACGCAAAGAACAUGGGGUUAUAUGGUGAGAGAGCAGGUGCUUUCACCAUUGUAAGUGGAUCUAAGGAAGAGGCAGACAGAAACAUGUCCCAGAUGAAGAUCAUCAUCAGGGGGAUGUACUCCAGCCCCCCGAUCCAUGGCGCUAGAAUCGUCACCAAGGUCCUCACCACCCCAGAACUCAAAAACUUGUGGUUGGGAGAAGUGAAAGGAAUGGCUGACAGAAUCAUCACUAUGAGAGAGAAACUGGUGGCCGGUCUGGCUAAAGAAGGAUCCAGUCGUAACUGGCAACACAUCAUUGACCAGAUCGGCAUGUUCUGCUUCACAGGACUCAAGCCCGACCAGGUUGAAAGACUCACUAAGGAUUUCUCCAUUUACCUGACAAAGGACGGUAGGAUUUCAGUGGCUGGUGUGUCCUCCAGCAAUGUCGAUUAUUUAGCCAAGGCGAUGCAUGAAGUAACAAAGUAAAUAGGACCUCCGGUGACCAAAAAAUCGAACACUUCGUACACAUUAUGCAGAACAGAGUGAAUACAGCGUGGCAAAAGCUGACUCGUUUAAAGGGCCAGUUUUUGACCGACAUGUUGAGAGUUUUGUAUUAUUUUUUUUAUCCGAGAUCUGAUGAAAAAUUAGUGCUAUAAAA